GAAGGACCUGUCAAAUCUUUCCAAAACUAGACCCUUGCAUUCAGAACGUGUCCGCUGUCUACAGUCACAGCAGACACACAGACAGAGCAGUUUGUUAGAGACAAUCUUCUGAGUUUAACAGGGGUUGUUUCUAGCCCUAUAUGCUCCUGCAAUCCGGCGGGUGUUAAGAUCCAUGGAAGUGGCCGGCUAUUACGACGAGGGCAGCUUUGCUUUCCACGGUCGCGACAGCAUCAUCACCCCGGUCAGCAGCAGUCACUGGAGGCUCGGUGAAUCCAUGACGGAGCUGGGCUUAGAGGAGCGCGAGAGAGCCGUAGACUUCAGUGUGUACUUGGACUCGGGUCUGCACUGUCCGCAGUUGGCCACACAAGCGCAAACACAAGGGGACAUCUUCACAGAGUUUUUGGCGGAAAGCAAAAUUAAAAGAGUGGGUGCUUUGCAAAACUAUAAGAACUACGCGCACCAGGAAGCAAGUCAUUGCGACAGUUUGAGAGACCCCAGGGAGUCUUACGCACAGUACGCAGAUCUGCACGAGCCCCGCGAGGACAGAGCCGCAGACAGAGACGAGAGUGAGGACAGGAAGAUGGAGAACGGCUCUUCGUUUGACAUGAGGUCCUACUUGCACUACUCCACUCCCAGCGGCAGCAUGGGAAACAUCUCCACC